AUUUGAAUUUGCACAGUGCACACACUCAAACGAACAAUUCGUGCGUGACGAGCUUUACUUUGAAAGGCGUCUUUACUGCGCGUAUGUGGGCUGAGCGUUGAAGUUGGUCUGCUUGCGCGUCAUCCCCUGCAUUACGAGAGCUGCGGCAGCUGCACGCACAUAUAUACAUACACAAGUACACUUAACACGCACAAAGACACGCACUAUUAUAAGCGCUUUCCUGCAGCUCACCGUCGUGGCAGCUCUCGUGGAUCAUCGGGACUCGUCUUUUUUACGCAUCCAAGUUGGCUAUUUGCAGAAGAUCCUGUGGAUUUUACGCAUUUGGUCACGCAGUUCUGUGAUGAUGCACUGAGAGGAAAAGUGCAGAAUCGUGGGCUGUGAUCACCCCUGAAGGCUGCAGUGAAGGGUGAGAUCUGUGAGAGGUGCAAGCAAGGUGAACUCCACAGUGAACAUCCGCGUGGGGGAAAGGGUGCAAUCUCGACCCUCUGCAGGGGGGGGGGGGAUCGGUGGAGAAAUCCCAACCAGAUCUAUAAACUAAAUUAUGGCCACUCUACUGCGGAAAAUCGGUCUGAUCCGCCUGCACGACCGGGACACAGAAGACCCCAAGCACCACCAGGGCUCAUUAAAGGGCACCAAAGGCAACCAGAAAAAUAACAAAAACUGUCAGACUGCCAACGAAACUAACAUCCUCAGCACCCCGGAGAUUAAGGCGAGGAAGCUGGACCAGCACGCCAAGGACAAGGAGAAGCCAGGCAAGGAUGCCAAGGAGAAACAACAACAGCAGCAGCAGCAACAGCAAACAGGGGGAGGCGGGAAUAAAAGCACCGGAGCCUCCUCUGUCCCUCCGCUCGCCCCUCACCGGCAUCACUGCACCCAAGUGAGGACGCGCAGGCUGAUGAAGGAGCUGCAGGAGAUCCGGAGGUUAGGGGACAACUUCAUCACAGUGGAGCUGGUGGAGGACAACCUGUUCGACUGGAACGUCAAGCUGCACCAGGUGGACAAGGACUCGGCGCUGUGGCUGGACAUGAAGGAGACCAGCACCGAGUUCAUCUUGCUCAACGUCACCUUCCCCGACAACUUCCCCUUCUCGCCGCCCUUCAUGCGGGUACUGACGCCCCGCUUGGAGAACGGCUACGUGUUGGACGGCGGUGCCAUUUGCAUGGAGCUGUUGACCCCUCGCGGAUGGUCCAGCGCCUACACGGUGGAGGCGGUCAUGAGGCAGUUUGCGGCCAGCCUCGUAAAAGGACAGGGACGUAUAUGUCGGAAAGCCGGCAAGUCCAAGAAGGCCUUCAGCCGUAAAGAGGCCGAAGCCACCUUCAAGUCGUUGGUGAAGACCCACGAGAAGUACGGCUGGGUGUCUCCGCCCGUGUCGGACGGCUGAGAUCCGACCCCUGACCUCCACGCGCAAAAUGACACCAUGCUAUGUCAACAAUCUGUCACACUCACCUUUUGCUGUAGCUUUCUUUAUGUAUGUGUGUGUGCGUGUGUAAAUCGGGGGGGGGGGGUUCGUUUUUAAUAUGCAGACAAGUCACCACUAUCAUCAUCACCACUUCUCCAGGGAAUUUGUUUUCCCCAUUUUGGGAAAGGCCUGAGAGGGAGGUGUGUGCGCGUUUGAGAAUGCAUUUCUUGCUUUUCCGCAUUUAUUUUUUUUUCUUGCCUCAUGACCGUGUAGGAUCUGCAGACUCAACUCGGUUGCACUUUUCUCACCCCUCCCCACGCCCAACCCCUCCCUCUUCCUUUCGACAUUCCUCUCCGGUCGUCUGCGUGUGUCUGUGGGCUCAUUUGCAUAGAAAUGAAGCCGUUAAUGUUUAAUAGACGGGCAGCGUGCCCACUCCUUCGCUCCUUUCUUUCCCUUUUUCUGUCGACUGCGCGGUCGCCCACACUUAGAUGCAAGAUGAAGAUUGUAAUGUACAUGAAGCAUCAUCACCUCCCUCCCAGCUCUCUCGCUCGCCCACUGUCUUUCUCUUUGUCUCUCGUGGCUAAAUUUAGCACUCACUGUUGCGUAGAUGGAUAUUGAUUUCUAAUGGAAAAGAAAAAAAAGUCACAUGUUGCAUUAUGCAGAGACUUUGUAUGAUACAUGGAAUGAUAGUCAAUCGUUUCGUGAGCAAGGAGAUAUUUUGUGUGUUUGAUGUGUGAAAGGGACGCACCCCUUUAAAACAAAACUGAACUGUGAAUGACUCUAAGACCUGAAUCGUUACUGUUUUUAAGGGAUUUUUUUUUUUUUGCGUGUGUGUACGAUUGGUGUAAAAACAACCAAAGUCCAGCAGGAAAUCCGCUGUGCUAUGAACACACCUACUGUACCUGCACAGCUUGAAAUACAGACAAGGUGGGCUUGCCAUUUCAAUGAAUGUACGCUCCAGAGCACCACAUGAUUGCCCGGAGAGACACAUUCGGGAUAUUAGAGUGGGGGGCAAGCCGAGAGACACAGCGGGGGUCGCUUCUUCGGAAAUGUCAGUGAGUUGCAAAAUGGCCGAAACCUGCGUUGACAACUUAAUAAAAACAUGGAGUUGGUGUCCCAAUACUUUUGUCCACGCCACGCGUUACGAUGCCACUCAGGCAGGCGUCUGCGACGCGUCGAGCUCGGCUUCUGCGAUGUGCCAGUUAAAUGUCAGAAGCGAAGCUGCUAAUUGGGCUGACAUUUCCGCCAAGCGUCAUUAGAGAGACGUGAGGUUGAGAAGCAAAAGAUGGAGGAUGUCAAAAUCUCCCGCUCGGCUCUCUCCUCCGCCCGCUGGCAUUUGGGUCCAUGUUGCGUGACCCCGCUGUGUUUGUUUUAGGAAAAGAAGGGCAGACAGAGGAUGCGAGUGUUUGUUUUAUGCUUCAUUACAAAUGAAAUGACCAAGUGGGGUCCAUGUAACAAGUUUCAUUUUCAGGGUUGAUUGUAUAGUCCUCUCUUGACUCGCCAGUGCAGAAAUACUGUAAAUUGACUUCAUAUUGUACCACAAAAUAUCUCUUAGCUGAGUGUUUGCUGGUUUCAAGCCAAUCAUUUUGUGGAUCUCUAGAAUUAGACUUGUAGUUAGCAGACACUAACUGAGCUGGUUAUGUUGUAUUAUAUUUGCAUGUCAACUGUGAUUGGUAGCUACCUACUGUAUAUUUUUCUUUUUUUUUUUUCAAGAAAACUGAGAAAAACUGCAGAGAUAAACAAAAAAUGCAAACUGCUUAAACUGCUUCUCUUGUCUUUUUUUUUUGUUUUGUUUUUUGAAGGGUGAAGAGGAAUUUCUGUCCCGUACGUGCUUUUCUUUUUACGUGUCCUCAAAUGUCAUAUUGUCUUAUAUGAAUGUGUUUUAAUUUAUUUGUGGUUUGCCAAAAAUGAACAUUUGAAGCAUGAUGCAGGUAUUGUCACAAAAAAAUAAUAAUGGAAGAGGGGGAGAAAAAACAAAUCUUACCAAGGAUAUUUGGAGGAUUGAAAGACAAAGUUGCAAAGCCUCAACACCUUAAAGGGACUUUAAAUAAUCCCGCCCCAAAAAAAAAAAAAAUCUUGACACCACCAUUCUGUUCAUCCUCUUAAAACUUAAAUGUGGGUAAAACUUUCCCCAGUCAACGGCAGAUGUGCACAUCUGACCCGAGAUCAGCUACUCUGGACAAUUUCAUUCUCCUGAUUGUUUGGUCCAAAAAAGUGGGAAAAGGCUCGUUUGCGAGACCAAACAAGAAUGUGCAAUAAAAUACACAGCAUAUUCAAAAUGA